AUGGUAGUCGUAAAGACAGAGCCAAGCACGGUAGCUCUUGCUGCUGAUGCCGCCUCUGCCUCCAAAUCCAUUCACCCAGCCGCUGGCCCUUCGUCAUACCGAGCAGCUUCGAUGCGGCCCGUCGAGAUCGUCUCGACGCCUUCCAUCCCACCGCCGUUCGGACCAUCCUCCGCCUACGCUCAGACGUCUCAAGCACGCAACUGGCGAUUCAGCCAUGCAGAACUAGCGCGCAUCCGCGCUUCCUGCAACGCUGCUGCGCGAGCACGUCUGCAAACCAUCUGGGCCGAAGAGACGGGCUCCUCUUGCUCUGCCACCAUCCCUUUCCUCUCGGUCGAAGACGAGCUGGCACUGAUCGCCUACUACCUCGUCAAAAUUGGCCAGAUUGUUCACGCGCUCAAACUCCCUGAACUCGUCGAAGCUACCGCGACCACAUUCGUCAAGCGCUUCUACCUGCGCAACACAUGCAUGGAUUUUCACCCCAAGAACAUCGUCACUACGUGCAUCUUCCUCGCUUCCAAGUCGGAAAAUUACGCGCUCAACCUCGCCGACUUUGCACGCAAGCUUGCAGGCAAACAGGCCGCCGAGAACAAGGCGCUAGUCGAAGAGAACACGAGGACGGUGCUCGAUCUAGAGUUUCUCGUGAGCCAGAGUCUCGCGUUCGAAUACGCGGUUACCGGCGCACACAGGAGUCUGUAUGGACUGCUCUUGGAUCUGCAGUCCAUCCAGAUUGGUGAAGAUAUGUCCAGAGAGGAGCUGCACAAGUUAGCAGCCGAAGCACACGCCAAGUUGGCAAAGACCAGGUUGACCGAUGCAGAGUUUGUGUAUACGCCGUCGCAGAUCGGCUUGGCUUGCAUACGAGCAGUAGAGCCCAAGGGAAAGCACAUCGUAGCCGCCUGGCUGGACAGUAAGCAGAAAACAGCCAGCAGUGCUGCGCUUGCAGCCAAGAGGCACCGCCAAGCCGUGCGAGAGCAGGAAUCCCAACGUGUCGCCAGGGCCAAGAUCGCUUUUGCCCGACGAACAAAGGGCUUACCAGGCGCCAAAGCGGUCGAAGACCAAUUGGCAGCAGAGUCAAGUGCUACAACCCAAGAGGUGGAAUUCGACGAUUCGCUCUUGCACCAUCAGCCAUUGGGAAUGUCGCGCGAUCAACUCGAAGCCACACUCGACCAGAUCGAGCAGCUCAUUCACCAGCGCGAAAUCGGCGGUUACACAGGCAAAGGAACAGGCGCCCAAGAUUUGGAGCGCAUCAAACAGAUCGAUGCAAGACAAAAGCUGUGUAUGAAUCCCGAAAACGUUCCUGGCUCAAAGCUGUUCCGUAAACGACGCGCACAAGACGACGAUGACGAUGCCGAUCAAGUGUCGACGCGUAGGCAUGGAAAGAGAGCCAGAGGUGACGAUGCAAAGUCGAUAGCGAUGGAUUCCGAUGAUGACGACAACGUCCCCGAGGCGCACGCGCUGAGAGCCAAGCCUGAGCCACAGGUCUAG